AUGGCGUCCGACGAUGAGAAGAAGGUUCGCCUCCGCAGCAAGGACGGCCAGGUCUUCGAGGUGCGGGAGAAGGCCAUCGGCGCCUUCUCGGUCACGAUCACGGGCAUGAUCGGCGCGGGAUGUGCCGACGACGACGGCGUCGUCGAGCUCCCGAACGUCUCCGCCGCCACGCUCUCCCGCGUCCUCGAGUACGUCGAGAGGCACUUCGACUUCGACGACUCCCACUCCUCCUUCAUCCCCAGCGACGACGACCCCCUCGCCCGCUUCGACGAGGAGCUCGUCAGCGUCGACAACGACACCCUCUUCGACCUCUUGGAGGCGGCCAACUUCCUCAACAUCGUCAAGCUGCUGGACCUGACGUGCAAGGCGGUGGCGGAGCAGAUGAGAGGGAAGACGACCGACGAGAUCCGCAAGAAGUUCCACAUCGUCAACGACUACACCAAGGAGGAGGAGGAAGAUGUCCGCAUGGAGAACUCGUGGGCGUUCGAGGAACCCGUGUGA